GUACAGUAAUUAAUAUUGAACACUCUUGGAAACGAAAAGUGUGUUCAAGUUCCGUGCGUUAUUUGUACGAAUCAAUUUGAUUUUGUCAUCAUGGGGUUUCAGGAUGCUUUUAAUUUUGUUCUGCAAAAUCCAUUAGUAACUGGGACUAUAGAAUAUGUGAAAAUUGUAGGAGGUGCAAUGAUACCGAAGAGGAAAGAAGUGCCAGCUUCACCAGCUGUACCACAGCCGCCACUAAUAUGCACAAAUCCUAUUUGGAAACACGUAUAUUCGGGAAGUUAUUUUGUGCGUUUGGCUGGAGUGUGUGGGGCUACCGCUGUUGCCCUUGGAGCCUAUGGAGCUCAUGUAAUAUAUCCGAAGGAAGGUCGAGAAGAAUUAAGGAAGAUCUAUGAAACAGCAAAUCGAUAUCACUUCCUGCAUUCCCUGGCACUUCUUGCUGUUCCACUUUGUCGUUGGCCAAGAACGAGUGGCUCUUUCCUAGCCCUUGGAAUGGUUCUGUUCUGUGGUACUUGCUAUUACCAUGCUCUCACAGGGAAGAGUGAGCUGCGUUGGCUUACGCCUGUAGGGGGAUCUUUUCUUAUUGUUGGUUGGCUUGCAAUGAUAUUGUAAUUCAUCUCUGAAUUCAAGAAUAUAAACUGUAUACAGUGUGGGUCACCAGUCAAACCAUUUCAUAAAACUUUUGCUUUCAGUGUAUAAGGAGUCUUGUAGGGAUGUGUAUAUUUCUUGUAACAUGGCUGUUGAACCUCAGUAGCCAAAGUCAGAUUAUAAUUAGACACAGAUAUUCUCCUUGGUGUGUAAUUGUUUUCAGCCCAUUUCUUCAUCUUCAUGAUCUGAAACAGAAGUACUGAUAAAUGACAGUAUUUCAAGCAUGUUACAAAGCAAAUCAAGACUGAAAGUAUGCAAACUAUAAAUGACAAGAAAAUACAUACAUUGUUUGCUUAAUUGUGAUUUUCUGCUGCAGUAACUGAAAUAUUUGUUUUCAUGCGAAUGCUUUUUAUGAUUAAGACUGUGACACCAGACGGCUAUAUUUAAACAUAUAAGGAUGGGAUGCUCUGUAUAUUAUUAUUGAGAAUAAGGGAAUUAGUAAUUUUUGUGUCUGGAAAACCAUUCUUAUAGUUUGGUAUUUUCCAUAUGAGCAUGGAAGACCACUACUGAGUGUUGAAUAUGCAAGUUAGAAAAUGUACUCAGUGUCGCUUUUCUUAUUGUCUCAGAAACCUUAAAAACAUGUUUCCUUUUGUGUACAGCUUAUGUUUGAAACAGCUUUCACACAGAUAUUUAAUAAGUUAUGCUUGAGAUAUGUGCAUAAACACAGUAGGUCUUUAUAUUUGUUCUUUUGUCCAGUUUUAACUAAAUUUGGGUGUUGAUAAAUGUUUGUAAGACUCCCCAAUAUCAGAUUUAAUAGAUGAUCCACAGGGUUGCAGUGUCUAAAAAUGAGAGACUACUGUACAUAUGGAAACAUGCCUGUUUAAAAUGUAUAUGUGUAUGGCCUGGCUGUACUUUAUCAUGUUUCUGUAAAGUGGCUCUCACUGUUUAAAGCAUUUGUGAUGUAUUAAAGUUUAUUAUUCACACUGGUCAUA